AGGGCAGCCAAUAUUAGGUUUUAGGAUUUUUGCCAGUUUUCCGACGAAUUUCUUGGGAAGCGGAGAAAUUGUUAUCUUUCUAAUCGGCUGUGUUGUGCUGUUGGUGAUUUGAUUUCUAAAACCAAUUAAGUGCGAAACUACGUAAAAAAUCAGAGAAAUGGCUGCAAGAUUUAUUCAAAAGAUUUUAAAAAGUUUUGGAGUUAACACUGCACGGUUUGGACAGGAUAGCCUGACUGAUGCUGCGGUCAACGUCAAGGUUAGCACUGCACCAACAUCAACCCGCGGCUUUGCGUCUGGUGUAAAAAAAGUCACUCUAAUUCCCGGUGAUGGUAUUGGUCCAGAAAUCUCAGCUGCUGUGCAGAAAAUCUUCACCACUGCCAAUGUGCCAAUCGAAUGGGAAUCCGUAGAUGUCACUCCCGUUAUGGGUCCCGACGGCAAAUACGGCAUCCCCCAAGCAGCCAUUGAUUCGGUCAACACAAAUAAGAUCGGAUUGAAAGGUCCAUUGAUGACACCAGUCGGCAAAGGUCAUCGUUCAUUGAAUUUGGCGCUGCGUAAAGAGUUUAAUUUGUAUGCCAACGUUCGGCCAUGCCGCAGUUUGGAAGGCUAUAAGACCCUCUACGACGAUGUCGAUGUAGUGACAAUUCGUGAGAACACCGAAGGUGAAUACUCUGGUAUUGAGCACGAAAUUGUUGAUGGUGUUGUACAAAGUAUCAAAUUGAUCACCGAAGAGGCCUCAAAGCGUGUCGCCGAAUAUGCCUUCCAAUAUGCCAAGGCUAACAACAGGAAGAAGGUUACCGUAGUGCACAAAGCCAACAUUAUGCGCAUGUCUGACGGUUUGUUCUUGCGUUGUGCGCGUGAUAUGGCCGAAAAGUACCCAGAAAUUCAGUUUGAAGAGCGUUAUUUGGACACAGUGUGUUUGAAUAUGGUGCAGGAUCCUAAGAAAUAUGAUGUGUUGGUUAUGCCUAAUUUGUAUGGUGACAUCCUUUCUGAUAUGUGCGCCGGUCUCGUUGGUGGUUUGGGUCUCACGCCAUCUGGUAACAUGGGCUUGAACGGUGCUCUAUUCGAAUCUGUUCACGGUACUGCCCCCGAUAUCGCUGGUAAGGAUUUGGCCAACCCAACAGCUUUACUAUUGUCUGCUGUGAUGAUGUUACGACACAUGGAGUUGAAUGAACAUGCUGAUAAGAUCCAGAGUGCUUGUUUCGCUGUGAUCAAGGAAGGCACACAUUUGACUGGUGAUUUGGGUGGCAAAGCCAAAUGCUCGGAAUUCACAAAUGAAAUCUGUGCUAAACUGUGAAGUGGAUGAGCGUAAACUCCAUAGUGUUUAUAUAUCGCUUCAUGUGUAUAAACAAGUUAUUCAUUCGGUCAAAACAAUAAAUUAUAACCAAUGCUCCUUUAAUCAACAAUAACACAAAAAAAGAUCUUAAAUAGGAAGAAAUAUAAAACUAAGUAUGUAAUAGAAAACUGCUUAAAAUGGAAAGUAUUGUUUAUUCGAAUAGCAAAAUUGUAUAAACUUAUGUCAUACUGUGUAAGGAUUAUCAACCAAUACGUACAAUAGUUGCUCAUCUGAAUAUUAAAUUAAAUAUCGCAUUCGCUUGUGCAAAGCGUCUUUCAUCAAGUAUUCGUUUAAAGUUUUUUUUUUUCACUUUGAUGUUAAAAUUUGCCAAACAGGUAUUUAGUAAUUAUAUUAUGUUAAUUAGUCAAUAUUUAUUUAAAGAUAUUUGAUUUAUUUUAAUUUUUAGUUAUCGUCGAGGGUCAUUAAAAUUUCAAGUAUACUCUGAUAUAUGGUUUAGUUGUGUUGUUGUGUUGUAGUAUUUUAUGCAGAACAAAGCUAUAGACAUAAAAGUAUUUGACCUUUCUCGAUAGACAAUUGUAUUUGAUGAUGAGUCGUGUGCUUAGUGCAAAGCAAUAUCCUAAACUUUCAUUUAAAAGCAGUGAGGAUUUCAAAUUAUUAUUUCUCGUCAAAACAAUACUUAGAGAACCAUUGUUGGAAAAUAUGUCAGACUAAACCACCAAGUCAUUAUGAAUAUUUAAAAAUGUUGAAUAUUAAGGUAACUCAAUAAACAGUUAAUAAAAAACAAAACUGAAAAAAAUUGUAAUGGUAAA